UUUGUCGUACUGACUGAUAUUAGUUGGUUUGUCGUACUGACUGGUAUUAGGUUUGUCGUACUGACUGAUAUUAGUUGGUUUGUCGUACUGACUGAUAUUAGGUGGUUUGUCGUACUGACUGAUAUUAGGUGGUUUGUCGUACUGACUGAUAUUAGGUGGUUUGUCGUACUGACUGAUAUUAGUUGGUUUGUCGUACUGACUGAUAUUAGGUGGUUUGUCGUACUGACUGAUAUUAGGUGGUUUGUCGUACUGACUGAUAUUAGGUGGUUUGUCGUACUGACUGAUAUUAGGUGGUUUGUCGUACUGACUGAUAUUAGGUGGUUUGUCGUACUGACUGAUAUUAGGUGGUUUGUCGUACUGACUGAUAUUAGGUGGUUUGUCGUACUGACUGAUAUUAGGUGGUUUGUCGUACUGACUGAUAUUAGGUGGUUUGUCGUACUGACUGAUAUUAGGUGGUUUGUCGUACUGACUGAUAUUAGGUGGUUUGUCGUACUGACUGAUAUUAGGUGGUUUGUCGUACUGACUGAUAUUAGGUGGUUUGUCGUACUGACUGAUAUUAGGUGGUUUGUCGUACUGACUGAUAUUAGGUGGUUUGUCGUACUGACUGAUAUUAGGUGGUUUGAUAGCCCAUUGAUGAAUUAUCAAUGCAUCCCAUUAACAGUCCAUGCUAUCUGGUGCUCGCGGGCUCUGCCUGCACUUUAAUCCGUCUUCAAUUGCAACACGUUUUUGUAAACCUCAUCAGUUUCUGAGUGUACUGACAUAAGUAGGACACAUGACAUCAUUGUCACUUGAGAACAAACACUAUCUCAGAGAUGACUAUGCAUAUUCAAGGGAUGAGGCUAGCAGCAUCUCUCGCAUUGAAUACAGGCGGUUAACGUCAACAACCCUUGUCGAAUAUUCAAAAAAUUAUUACAAUAAUCCACCAAUCCAAAGAAAAGAGAGGCAGGAGCUAGACAGUCUGCCUUGCCGCUUUGUGGACAACGACUCCCAUCGUUAGGGCAGGGAGACGUGUAUUGUCAGUAUAUAAUCUUUGAUUUGAGUAGAGUAGCACUUUACUGAUCCCAACUUGGGAAAUAGUUUUCACUCAGCAUCACUAAUAAAUUACAAAGACAAUGACAAACACAUGAUAAAAAUGAAUUAGAAGACACCUAAGAAUGCACCUGCAUGGUAAUAGCCAUAAAAGAUGGAGACAAGUUUAAGAUCAAUACUAUUGUCUAUCCUACUGCUGGGAAACCAGCAAUAACAACAUUCCUUUUAAGAAGGCACCAUAAAUGAGUCAUUUACACUCGUUAAAAAGCCUCAUGGCUGUGGGUAAAAAUGUCCUUCUGAACUGCUCUGUGGAGCUUCUGGGGAGGAUGAACCUGCUACCGAAGCUGCUCCUGUGCGGCAUUCAAGUGCUGUGUGGAGUGGGUUGAAAAACUCCUCGCUAUGGAUUGCAUUAGUCUUGUCAUCAUCCUGUGUCUCAUUGUUAUGUACAAUAUGUGUGUCUUUUGUAGAGAAGCAGUUUUCCUGUCCUAUGUGUGCUCUGGUCUGCACAGAUGCCUUCAUCCUACAGGAACAUGUUGAAUUGCACUUGCUAGAAGAGAGCCCAGCUGAAGAGGCUGUCCUGGGGGCCACAUCAUCAACCGAGGCAGCAUCAUCCAGCAACAGCUCAGGUGGGAAGAGUUAUGAGUGUCCCCUGUGUUCUGUGGUGUGUGGAGACUGCUACUCCCUACAGGAACAUGUGGAGCUGCAUCUUGACUAUGGCACAGUUACUAGUGCAGUGAGCCCUGGCUCAGACCUGAGGCUGGCCAGACGGCUGCAGGAGGAGGAGAAGCAGAGGAGGAAGGAGCAGGAGGCCAAGAGGGAGGCAGAGGAGUUCAAGAAGCUGCAGAGGCAGUUUGGUGUGGAUGGGAGGGGGGGCUACCGCAAACAGAUGGAGAGGACCAUGGAGAAAGCCGUGUCUCGAGGUGUCAUGUUGCCUGCUGACUUCCACAACAAGAGAGCAGAGAUGAUGGAGGCUCUGGCCUCAGGGGUCGACGAUGGCAGGACCAGAACGCAGGGUGUGCUGGGUGCUUUGUAUGUUUACUACCAGAGGGAGGUCAGAGACUGUGUCCACGUGUGGCUGAGUGCUGACACAGACCACUUCUGCUCAUCAGAGGGGGAUAUGGGCUGGGGAUGUGGCUACAGAAACUUCCAGAUGCUCCUGUCUUCUCUGCAAAGAAUGGAGCCCUACACUACCCGUCUCUCAGAGGGGUCAGUACCCAGCAUCCCCCGGGUGCAGGUGUUGAUAGAGGGGGCGUGGCGGGAGGGGUUAGACCCACAGGGUGCCACCCACUUUAACCAGCGACUACAGGGCACGCGGGCCUGGAUAGGAGCUACGGAGAUCUACGCUCUCUGCACCUCUCUCAGAGUCAGUGCCCGUGUUCUAGACUUCCACCAGCCCACGGGCCCCGGGGACACCCACCCCCGCCUCUUUGACUGGGUGAAGCAGUACUUCUCCCAGACUGGUGGCGCCAGACUACCGCCCCGGGUGGUGCAGACCACACAGCCGCCCCUCUACCUCCAGCACCAAGGCCAUAGCCGCUCUAUAGUAGGAGUGGAACAGAAGAAGAAUGGCAGCCUGUGCCUGUUGCUCUUGGACCCUGGCUGUUCACCUGGAGAUGUGAGGAAACUGAUGAGCCAAGAUGGCUCCACUGUUAGCACAGCUGUCCGCCGCAUGAGGAAGUUCUCUGGCAACCUGAAACAUAGGCAGUACCAGGUUGUGGUUGUAGAUGGCGUGCUCUCUCCCGAGGAGAAACAGACCCGCGUUCUCAACUCAAGAACACUGCAAGCUGAGAGGAUCCCUUGAUGCUGGAAUGCAGUUGUCGCAUUCAUUUUACUGUUAAUGUAAAUUUGUACCUGUCAAAAACAUUUCAUGUUGAAUUUUCUUUUUAUUAAGGUAAUAAAUGAUGUAUUUUUAA